AUGUUUGGUUCUUCCAGGUCAGGUGAUAUAACUAAACUAAACACCAUGGCGAUAGUAAUGACAACAAAUGAAUCCCUCAGUAGCAAAGGAGUAUUGAGUGAAAGGAUCCACAGAGCUGCUGGUCCAGAGCUGUUACAUGAGUGUAGAUCACAGUUACUUGGUAUGAACAUAGUUUCCUAGAUAAAUAAUUAUUGUUAUUAUAGUAUAGUUAAAUCAAGUUUUUUGGAGUCCAGUUUUCCCAACACACCAUAAGCAUACAUUUGAGGAAUACCAUAUAAUACCACCCUGUUUAUGGUCAAAACAUUGGAAGGAUUUCUAUUACACUCAGGGCUGCCAUUAAGAUUUUGAAUUGUCAGGUUAAUACACAAGUAGGUGGGGAAUUAAGCAACUGGCAAUUUCUUUUGGUUCUAUAUUUUUUAAUAGCCAGGGGAAAUCCCCAGCCCCAUCCUUAAAAUUAUAUAAAUAACAGCCCUGAUUACCUCUAGGCCAUAAAGUGUUACAAGGGAGGAACUCUCACUAGUCUCUCAAACUUCUAGGUAGUAAUUUGCUCCAACACUAACUGCCCUCUCACAGUCAAAAACUGGUUUUUCCCCACCAUGUUUGAAACUCCUGACAAUUUGAACUGAUUUGUUUUUCCGAAGAUGGUUCUAAAAUUGUGGAUUCCGCCAUGCGGUCUUAGUAUUCCAUACCAGAAUACCACAGCAGUCAUAGACUACGAGUAGUCCCCCAUUUUUCCUCAGAGAUAGUAGAGCCUGCGAAACGCGAGCACACGUGAAAAUCACCCCACGUGAGAAAAGGCGACACGCGGCGGGGAGAGAGAAAAAUGAGGGACUACAGACAAAGCCCAAGCUUUUUACCCUUCACGGCCGACUGAUUUUGGAGUGUGAAGUUCAUAUCCCCUUCCAAAUCAAUUAAGUACAUCCAAUUGGAUUCCUUCCCUUAUUGAGCUGUCAUUGCUCUUGUCAUCGGUAAUUAUUGCAAGCAAAAGAAAACCCAGAUGCUAAUUUUCUUUACGGCUGUUUCGCGAGAAGAACUUGAUAGCGGAGCUCCUUGCGCGCGCGAGCGGAGCACCAUGACUAAGAUAAACUACCCAUCCAAGAAAUUUUGGUUAUGACGUCAGCGUACGUCCGUCCGUACAGACUUUCCGGGUAGUGGAAAGUAGUCCGCAUGGACUCUUGGGGUAUGGGAAAGUAGAGAUUUUUUGGCGGGAAAUCGCAUGGCGCAACGGCGCGCAACUGGUUUUGAAAAAAGAAAUUUCAAUGCAACUUAGCAAAAAGAUCUUUCGACAGAGCCUUUAUAACUUUUUAUUACAACUUAAGAAAGCUAUUAUGUCAACAAACAACAGCAGAGAGAUUUUAGCGUGUAGAUCACAGGUUUUAAGCAGAGAGCAAAGAGAAGGUGAACGGCAGAGAGCAAGAGUCAACACGCGUAGAACAAGCGAAGACGAUCGCCAAAGAGAGCGCGUUAGAAGUAGAAGAAGAAGACAACAUUUUAGCGAAGAAAGUCGGCAAGUAGAAAGGGUCAGAGCGAGAAGAAGGAGAGACAAUUAUAAUGAAAAACGCCGGUAAGCAGAACGAGACAGAGCUAGAAUGAACAGACAAAGGCAACGCGAAAGAGAAAUACAAAGGCAAAGAGAACGGCAGCAACAUAAUGGCAUGAUGACAGAAAGUGUUGUGUUAAUGUCACUAUGGCCCCGCGUUAUUAACAUUUUGAUUUCAAACUGAUCUCGGACGCGAAAAUUCAGCCAAUCAUUUAAAAAUACAAGCAGGGAAGACAGAGGCUUUUCACUUUUCUCACCAUAGUCACGCGUUGAUCACGCUCUACGACCGUCCAAUUUUUAUGCUCUGAUUGGUCAAAAUUUGACAGGUGAGUUCAUGCAGAAAAUUUAUACAGCAUCUUGAACCUUGUUUACUUUGACAGCUGAAGCUGACAGAGUAUUUUGUCAACUUGUGAUGUUUUUUACUGUCUUUUCCCACUGGAUGCUUAAAAUGAAAUACAGCUGCUAUCAACAGUCUUCUUUGAUUCAUGGCUGGUUUGUUUAUUGAAUUUUUGGUUGGGAAAUGCGCCGGUUGUCAAAGUUGGAAAUCCGAUUUCGGAUGCAUCGUUUUCGUUUUUCACCUUGCUGGAUGCGGGGUUGAAAAGUCCCUCAAGCGAUUCUGGCCUUACUUGAUAGCUUUCAAGAGCUGCAUCUCGAAUGGUAAGCCUGAGUAAUUAUUGUAUACAGUGUAUGUUUGUUUUUUUAUAUCUAAUUUCAUGAAGUCGAGCGCAGUUUAUGAGGCUAAUUUAUGCACGUUUGUAUUAAGAUCUGAGACAAUGAUCUGAUCUAGUAUAUAUAAGCUUACAGAGCUUUAAAAAGCCUUUAGUCGAUAUUUUCUCUCCGCAUAUAGAAUGAAAAAACGUUCCGAAGAGUAUUUAGUUAUAAUUUUGGCUGUAGAAAGAAAGCUUUGAGCGAUUUUCUUGCCUCGAGUUCAUCUCUGAAAACAGUAAACACCAGGAAGCCGGCUAAAAGCUUUAGGCUUAAGCGUAAAGACUCAGGAUUUUUAGAGACGCUUUAAUACUUGUCUUCGUGAAUGAAAAUUGUUGUCUCUGUAAAUGUUUCACCGAAUUACAUUUCUUUUAUUGAUUGUUAGUAGUCUCUUGCAAUUGCUUUGCUGUUUGUUUUCAGUCGUUCACAGACAACGCUUGCAGGAGUACUCAAAAUGCGCGCGUUUGUACAUCGUUAUAAAACCAUUAAAUAAAAAAAAAAAUAAACAAUAAAUUCUUUAUUAUGUUGAAGCGUAACUCUUUUAAUGUUCACUGAAAAGUUGGCGCUUGUCAAAAGUGACAACCGGCUGGCCGUGUAGGUGAUUUUGGAAAUUUUUUGAACGGUUUUGCUAAAAGCCCACGCGUGCUUCGUACGGUUCUGAAUAUUGAAUGAAUGCAAUUUGUCUUGAAAAAUUGUGAAAUACUGCAUUCGGUCUGAGGUCUGUAUGAUAAAAACAGCGCCUCAUAUUACUGUUUCACCUCAGAUGUGAUGCAUAAAAAGUAUGAAAUGUUGGUUUACACACUCCCAGAGUUGUUGGCAAGAUUUUUUUAAGUAGACUUGUCGAACGCAAAAAAUUUGGCCUGAUUUGUUUUUUCCAUGAAUUCGUUUUCCAGGCCUAAUCUACUGUGAUCAAGAGCUAUUAUGGCUCUUAAAUGUGAUCGACGAUGAUUGCUAUUUUUUGGGUGUAUAUAUACCGGCUAUCAAUUCGAUGAAAGAUUUUUUUUCACUCUAAAAUCACUUAGCCUUAGCUUUCCCUAAAAAGUCACAUAUGUGCCAUUAAGUUAACUGAUUUGUGGAUUACAAGUUUAUUGUUUGAUUUAAAUCAUAAAUUUAUAAAUGGGAGCUUCACUUUUAGCCCUGGCUAAAUCUAUAUUAGUGUAGGCAACACACGACUUUAACUCAUGGCAAAAUGCUGCUUGUUCCAAUGAAUUUUUUUUCUCUGACGGGUAGAUUGUGCUCUGGAGGAAAACGUUUUGACUGAGCAAAUGUGAUUUUUGCCCCUUAUUUCAUACUGAGAGGUCGUGACAUGCAUAUUAAUUUUCUGCGGUUAUUGUUUAUGGUCGGCAUGAUUUGCCCUCUGAUGCAAGAGCAUUUCCUUUGACCUCUUUUGAAAAGUAACGUUCUUGAAUGCUGCUAGAUAAGGGUUUUGGGUUGUUUAAUUUAAAUUGUGAUUGUGUCGAGUGUUGAUAACGGCUGGCGCAUUUUUGACAGAUGUUGACAGAUUUCCAUGGAGGAGCCAAUCAGAGUUUUGCAUUGUGAGAGCAGCGUAUUAGUUCAAAAGCUUGGGCUUUGUCUGUAGUCCCUCAUUUUUCGCUCUCCCCGCCACGUGUCGCCUUUUCUCGCGUGGGGUGAUUUUCACGCACUCUCGCAUUUUACACGCUCUACUAUCCCUGAGGAAAAAUGGGGGACUAAUCGUAGUCUACACCAGUCAAUGGACAGUGUAGUUUCUUUUUCUAUACAAAAUUUGUUUUAAAAAAAGUGAAAAAUGGUAACAGAGAUGCACUGUAGUAGUCAAAACAGUACUGUCACAAUGAUAAUCAAUUAGUUGUCAAGAAUUCCUGUUUAUUAUUUUUUCUAGGUUGUAGGACUGGAGAGGCUAAAAUAUCAAAAGGAUAUAGUUUACCAGCUAGGUGAGUGAGUUGAUAGGAUGGUACCGGAGGCUAAUGUGGGCAUUUUUUUUGUCAGUUUUAGCUGUAUGAAAGUAUCAAAAGCAUUAAUAUUUUAAUGAAAAUAAAGUGAAAUGUUUGGAUGCAAGUCAUAAGUGAAUGGGGAUUAAAAAAUUACAUCUUCUUUCGCAUAACUAUUAAGGAGUUCGUGGAAUUUUUGAAAAGUUAGGGUGUGGUUGAAAUUGCCAUUUUGGAUAAAAUUGCCUCUAAAUUCAAAAGGAUUACGUGUAAAUAUUCUUCAAAAUAAAAAGACACACAUGUACUAUAGAUCCAUAAAAGAAAGAUUUACAGAGCAGAAAAUAUUGAAUCUGGACAAUUUUAGGGCAAUUAAAAACAAAAAAACUAAAUCUGGUGUGAAUGCACUACCUUGUCACUUCCAAAAUACAAAGCAGACUGUAGAGCCUUGCACUGCCAAAUUUUGUCAUCUUGUCUAGAUAAGGCCUGCUAAGUUUUGUGGCAACUGAAUGAAUCUUUUAGGAGAAAACUAUCAAACACUGCCUGCCACAGGCUUAAAAGAAGAGUUUUUUACUUGCACUAAAACUAAAAAUCAUGUUUGUUGACUUGGUCGCCAUCUUGGAAAAGUGUGUAAUAAAGUUUUCAAAUGGAAAAACUCAAAAUACUUCCCUAUAUAUGGUCAUGUUCACCAUAAAUGGCUGGCUAUUUUUCCCGCAAAACCAAUCAAACGUGCAGGUAUAAAAAAAAUGACCUCCUUUUGCUUCACAAUGAUGUCCUGGAGUGUUGAGGGUCUGUUACUUUCAAGGUGUCUGAGUUUCACCAUUUCAGGCUUGAUGUUGAUGUACACUGUAGCUCCUUGAAGCAAAUUUACAGCAAGUUUUGUGGUAAUUAGGAUUGUUUUUGAGGUACAAAUUUCCAUCACAGAAAUUAUAUGUAUUGUGAAUACACGAAGUACAUGUAAAAUUGUUAAACACAAAGUACAUGUAAAACAUUUAAACUGUACAUGUAUGUACACUGUACUUGAAGUCUUUGAAGAAAUAUUUUCUCUAGAUCAGUUUAUUCAUUAUCUGCUUAUUCAUUAAUAUCUGUGUACUGUGAAAACUAUUAUGUUUUAAGUACAUUUAGAAUUUAAACCUGAGUUUCCUUCUCUUAUUGAUAAUAUUAAGGCUAGGAAACAUACAAAUAAGUUAAAUCAAAGUUAAAUACAGUGGAACCUGGAGAUAACAAAGGGCCAAGCUUAAGGGACUGACAAAAUCUGUUCAUCAUAACAAGGUUUUGUUAUCUCCAGGUUCUUUUCCAUAUAUUUUAUUAUUACUGGGGCAAAAAAUGUUGUUUGUUAUGCCGAGGAAGUCCUUUGUUAUAUAGAGGUCGGUAAUAUUGAGGUUACACUGUACUGGUUAAACCCAAGAAUGGAUUUGAACCAUGUACAUGUACCUGAAGCACAAAAAGUGCUUAAUAGAUGGAAUUUUAACAGUUUUGGAUUUUGCAUAGCUCUGACUAGUAGCUUUCAAAUAUGCAAGUAAAAUCUUAGAUCGAUAGCUUCACAAAGAAGUUUUUUUCCUGUGGAUGAUGAUGAUGAUGAUGAUGAUGAUGAUGAUGAUUUUUAUUUUUUUUUGUGAAACAUUUGCAUUGAGGUAAUUUGAAUUGAAUAAUAAUAAUAAUAAUAAUAAUAAUAAUAAUAAUAAUAAUAAUUGUUCUUGUCUGGUGUGUAGAUAUGUUAUCCAUACUGUGGGACCAAGAUACAACAUAAAAUACAAGACUGCAGCUGAAAGUGCGCUCUUCUCUUGUUAUAGAAGUGUCAUG